AUGAAUCCACGAAUUGCAAGUGUUGCAGUAAUUGGAAAACAGAAUAAUCCUCUUUAUUUGAGGGUUUUUUCAGAAAAAAAAACGGAUUUGACGUAUCAUUUUAUGAUUCAUAGUGCGUGUGAUGAAUUAGAAGCUGCUUUAAGUAGGGUUUCAGUUGAAGAAAAUACUAAAAAAUUGCAACAAAAUCCCUUGGAAACAAAUUCAAAUGCGAAAUUGAAUGAACGUUCUCAGACAUCUGUUAAUCCUAAAACAGAGUCAUUAGAUGCAUAUCUUGGGCUUUUACAUAUACAGGAAACAGCGGCUGGUUAUGGGUUUGUGACUAAUACACAGAUUAAAUUCAUAGUCGUGUUGGAUAUGUCAGAAAUGAUUAUUACAGAUGCUGAUAUGAAACUGCUUUUCAAGGCAAUUCAUUCCGCAUAUAUCGUUCAGGUUUGUAAUCCAUUUUAUUCUUUAGACGAUAAGACACCUAUACAAAGUCGACGGUUCGAUAAAAUGAUUCAACAGAUUGUAGAAUCAUGGACAUCUGGUCUAUGA